AUGCCUCUCAGCCGGCUAAAUUCCAUGUGGUGCGCUCUUUUGAUAGGAACCGCGUGGCCUUGGGUGUUUGACCUUCUUGAUCCCAAACUGCCGGAUGAAGCCAACUUUUACGGUGCUUGCGUCCUCCAGCGUCACAUCCUCCUACUCAACCCUGAAACAAAUGCCGACUUUUUUCAAGCUCUACCGCCGCAGCUGCUUGGCGCUGUCCUACGCUGCCGUGAGAAGGCACGCUUUGUCCGACGCCAGCUCUGCGUGGCGCUGGUCACCCUGGUUUUAUGCGCCCCAUCGGGCUCGCUUGAUAAUGCACUAGCCGCGAUCCUAUCCGAUGUUCCUUCGGACGACGUCCUGCUGCAGCUGGAUCUUGUAACGACCUUUGCGCAAGAACAUGUGAUUGCCGCCACACAAUCGGAGGCUUCAUUCGAAGCUGGUGUAGAAGCUCUUGUUGCGAUUGUCACUCAUCGCGACGCCAGCACGGGUGCACAAGUAUUACAAAUGUUUUACGCCUGCACCAAUGCCCCAGGCCAGGCAUGCAUUGACGAGGAUUGCUCGCGCCUUACUCUAAAGUCUUGGUAUGCUUUGAUUGAGCACGUGGUUGGGCUGCCCAGUGACGAGCGUCGAAAGUACCGCACACUUCUGGCCCCAUUGCUUCAGGCAUUGCUCAUUGCUCUUCGAAACAAGAUGAUGUAUCCCGAUUCAAUUUACCAAUUGGAUCCCGAAACAGAAGCUGAUAUCGAAGGCAUUAGUCCCCCAAGUCGUUCGCCUUUUGACGACAGUACCUACAGAUCCGCUUGUGAGGCUUUGCGCGAACUGGCAACCGAGUGCCGUCAACAGCUCGCGCCCUUUUUGGACAGCAUCAUCAAGCGUCGCCGAGAGGCCACGCAGGCCGGCCUUUCCACCACCAGCCGACAGCAGGUCAUUGAGGCCUUGACCCUCAUUGCACGAGCCCUCCCGACUCCUGACCUCGCGGCUACCUGGCUCAAUCGCUGUUACGCGGACGAAUUCGUCAACCUGACACGCGUAGCAGAGGAAUUGCAAGUAGUGGGCGAUGAAGGCUGGGACUUACAAAGCCGCGCCGCGGCCGAACUUCGUGUCAUUGGCCACGGAUUUCGCUCUUUGAUUGUACAAGGUGACGUCCUUGGCAAGAUGUUGGAGGCUUUAUGGCCUAUCGUUCAUCAGGUUGCUUCGACCUGCUACCAGAAUGAAGAAGUGACCAGCGCCAUUCGUGAUCUUCUUGGGCACGCUUUACGUGUGGCUAAGAUGCAGCUUGAGCCACUGUUACCCAGCUUUUGCAUGACCCUGCAGUCUAUGUUCGAGGCUGCACCGAGUGCACCUGUGCUGGAGGCCAUGGUAGCGCUGCAAGCUGUCUUUGGCCGGCAACAAAGUGCCAUCCCCACUUUGGUUGCUACUUUUGCUGACGUGCGUGGACGCAUGGCUCAACUUUUUUCCUCGGGCGCCUUUCUCGACGAGCCAGGCGUUGUCUGCACCUUUUUUUCCUUGGCCAGUAAAUUUUACCGAACGGAAGGCGAACACCUACUACAGUCCCCCGAUGCGGCCGAUCACCUGCACAACAUUGCUCUAUGGUGCUUGUCCGCCCUGAAGCUCAACGAGAUGACGACAGUUGCAGCCGCUUGCCAAUGCUUGGCCGUUCUUAUCGAGCUGGUCUGCCAGCGGGCUGACUUACAGCAAGCCGUUUUGGUCUCCUCGAAUCUUGCACACCAGAUCAUUGAGACUGCAGUCACCGCGAUAACGAGCGAGGUGGCCCGCGCCAACGUGACGCAUGUCGGGGCCAUCUUGUGGGCAUUACAACAAAAUUGCUCUGCGCUGUUGCAUCCGCUCUUGAUGCACACAGCUCAGCAGCAUGAACGAAUAAUGCAACAAGCUGCAGCUAGAGAAAUUCUGGAGACCAUGAUAAGCGAAACGUCAAGUAAAGGCCGAUUUAUUCAAGCAGUAGAGCAGCUAGCCAUCUCAUGCCGCUAGGUAUCACAAAGGAAAUAGUUAGCCAAGCGAGUCACUUAUCGCAUGCGAGCGUCGUAGUCCAUUCCAACUGUGUUGUUAACAAGACUUCGACACCACGAUUGAGACAAAUCGGAUUUGUUAUGC